GCUUGUUCUCUUUUCUUGUCCUUUCUGCCAUUGGACGAUCCACCACUCGCCAUGGGGGCCACCAGCGCUGUGUCGUUGCCCGACGAUGAAGCUUGCAAAGCGGUGCUGCGGAAGUUCAUCGCAGAGGAUCUGGAGCGGGCGGAGCGGCUGCUGCACAGGGCGGCUGAGCUGGUGGCGGAGGCACGGCGGAACUCGCAGAACGUUUGGAGCAUCAACGGCCUCGAUGGCACAACCUUUCAGCUCCCGGUGGAUGAAACGGACGCGAACGUGGGCGACCUCUCAAAGACUAUCAGCAGAAGAAUUGGCAUGACGGCUGGUCGAAAACUCGUUCUCUUCGCUGGCGGCCAAAUCCUGGAGGACCCCUCCAAGCGUUUGCAACAGCUGCAAGAAGUGUGUGGCCGAGAGAUCUCAUAUGUCAUUCGACAGGUUUGUGCACUGGAGGCAGCGAUUGGCUUCUGGAGAGCCCUCAAAGAGGGAACAAGUGACCACAUGCAUGCCACAGUGACGGAUGCAAUCGCCUCUUUGACCUUCGGCUACGAGUUCAACCAGAGCUUGGAAGGUGUCACCUUGCCAAGCAAGCUGAAGAGUUUGACCUUCGGCCGUCAGUUUAACCAGAGCUUGAAAGGUGUCACCUUGCCAAGCAGCCUGCAGACUUUAACCUUCGGCAAGAACUUCAAUCGGAGCUUGGAAGGUAUCACCUUUCCAAGUAGCCUGCAGACUCUGACCUUCGGCGAGGACUAUAGUCAGAGCUUGGAAGGUGUCACCUUGCCAAGCAGCCUGCAGACUUUGACCUUUGAUAACAACUUUAACCAGAGCUUGGAAGUUGUCCCAUUGCCAAGCAAGUUGCAGACCUUGACCUUCGGCUAUUCGUUCAACCAGAGCUUGGAAGGUGUCACUUUGCCCAGCAGCCUGCAGACUUUGACCUUCGGCAGUCAGUUCAACCAGAGCUUGGAAGGUGUCACCUUGCCAAGCAGCCUGCAGACUUUGGCCUUCGGCUUUAAGUUCAACCAGAGCUUGCAAGGUGUCACCUUGCCAAGCAGUUUGCAGACUUUGACAUUCGGCGCUAAGUUCAACCAGAGCUUGGAAAGUGUCACUUUGCCAAGCAGCCUGCAGACUUUGACCUUCGGCGGGGACUUCAGUGGAAGCUUGGAAAGGGUUACCUUGCCAAGCGGCCUGCAGACUUUGACCUUCGGCAUUGAGUUUAACCAGAGAUUGCAAGGUGUGACCUUGCCAAACAGCCUGCAGACUUUGACCUUCGGCAGGGAGUUUAACCAGAGCUUGGAAGGCGUCACCUUGCCCAGCAGCCUGCAGACAUUGACCUUCGGCAGGGAGUUUAACCAGAGCUUGGAAGGUGUCACCUUGCCAAGCAGCCUGCAGUCUUUGGCCUUCGGCUACCAGUUCAACCAGAGCUUGGAAGGUGUGACCGUUACAAGUAGGCUGCAGACAUUGACUUUCAGCGACAAUUUCAACCAGAGCUUGGAAGGUGUCCCCUUUUCAAGCAGCCUGCAGUGUGUGACCUUUGGCUACCGGUUCAACCAGAGCCUGGAAGGCGUCACCUUUCCAAAUAGCCUGCAGACGUUGACCUUCG